AUGUCGUGGCUCCUGAAGGUUCUGAUCCUCACUUUAACGCUGUCGAGUCCAACCAGAGGUCAACACAGGAGGAGGAAAGGACAGAGAGACGAUAACCAGGUCAUCAUUAAUGAGGUCAAAACCCUGAUCUGUCCGGUGGAGAUCAUGUUCAUCGUGGACAGUUCAGAGAAAGCCAAAUCUCUGCUGUUUGAGCAGCAGAAGAACUUCAUCCUGCGCUUCAGCACGAAGCUCAUGCAACUGCAGUCGGCCGGCUGGCGCCUGCGGCUGCGCCUCGCCGCCCUGCAGUACAGCAGCACUGUGUCAGUGGAGCACAACUUCAGAGACUGGCAGGACCUGGACGUCUUCCAGAGCCGCGUGGCCUCCAUGGCCUUCAUCGGCCAUGGCACCUACUCCGCCUACGGCAUCACCAACGCCACCCAGGUGUUCGACCGCGAGACGUCCUCCAGCAGCCUGAGGGUGGCGCUGUUGAUGACGGAUGGAGCGGACCACCCGCGCAGCCCCAGCGCUGUGACAGCUGCUGCUGAGGCCAAACAGCACAACAUCCGGGUGUUCACCAUCAGGCUGUCGGACCUGCCAAAGGACGGGCCCAUGGGCGCCAGACUCAGAUCCAUCGCCAGCGCCCCCCCGCAGCAGAACCUCCUCAGCCUCACUGACAAGCAGCUGGACGACAGACUCUUCAAUGAACUGGUCAGUGUGUGUUCGGGUCGCAUCCCUUUUAAAAAACACAAUUGUCAAAACUGGGGUAAGUACUAUGACUGCCCACAGCCAAAGACCUGUCUGUGUGAGCGGGGGGAGCGGGGUCACACUGGAAACCCGGGGAAACCAGGCGAGCCGGGGUCUGAUGGCGCUCCAGGUCUAAAGGGAUUUCGUGGGGAACCGGGCAUUAACGGACGUCCAGGAAUGGAGGGCCUUGAGGGGCGACUGGGCAGCAAAGGGGAAAGGGGAGAACAGGGUGAAUGUGGUGUCCCCGGGAAAAAGGGAGAACAAGCUGCAGCUGGACCUCCCGGCCCACGAGGCCCAAGAGGAGAACAGGGAGCCAGGGGAGGAGCUGGAGACCAGGGUCCAGAGGGGAAGUCUGGACCUAAAGGCGACCGAGGUCUGAGGGGUGCACACGGACCUCCUGGAGAUAACGGCAUUGGGUUCCCCGGUCCUAAGGGUGACAGGGGGAACCAAGGCAGGCCAGGUCCUCCAGGACCGGUGGGUGUGGGUGAACCCGGGACACCGGGUCCAGCAGGGCCGUCAGGGAUGCACGGGUCGUCAGGGUUUCCAGGUGAGGGCCUUCCAGGGUCAAAGGGUGCCAGGGGCUACGAGGGUCCGAAGGGCAGCCGUGGACCUCCAGGAGUCGGGUACAAAGGGGAUAAGGGACACACAGGAGCCCAAGGCCUGCCGGGCUUGGUGGGGUUUCCCGGGGAAGGCAUGCAAGGAGAAAAGGGGGACCAAGGGCCAGCUGGGCCUUCUGGUCCCAGAGGACCUCCAGGACUGGGUAUAGUUGGACCAAAGGGUGACCAGGGCUUCCCCGGAGAGGCUGGAUCUCAGGGAGGGAGGGGUGUUGGUGAACCUGGAGCAAAAGGGGAGCUGGGGCCGGACGGGACUGCUGGGAUACCUGGCAUCCCUGGGGAGGAUGGAGCUGUUGGGCCUAAGGGGGAGACGGGGUUGCCAGGUCUGCGAGGCCUUGAGGGAGCACCGGGGAAAGGCAUCCCUGGAGAAAAGGGAGACAGAGGUGACCGUGGAUCCAGAGGACUCUCAGGGUCUCCAGGCCCUGCUGGACCUGCUGGAGCCAAGGGAGAGCCGGGGAGUCUAGGAAUGAUGGGCCUACCUGGACCGGCCGGCCGGGGCUUACCCGGAUCAAAGGGAGUUCCUGGGCCUGUCGGACCUGCUGGACCUGUUGGAGAACAUGGAGUCGGAAUCAUUGGGCCGAAGGGUAACAAAGGAAAUACUGGACUUGUGGGGCCGCCAGGAAUGAAGGGAGAUGGCAUCCCAGGACCACAGGGGCUGCCAGGUUUACCAGGAGUGCAAGGAGAGCUGGGACCUGAAGGGAAAGGACUACCUGGACCUAAGGGUGACAGAGGCUUGUCGGGCGUGCCGGGACCAUCAGGUCCUCCUGGAAUUGGACUUUAUGGACCGAAGGGCUCUACAGGGCAGCUUGGUCCACCCGGACUGCUAGGGCCUCCAGGAGAGGGCAUCCAGGGACCAAAGGGAGAGCCUGGGUUUCAGGGGCCAAUGGGUCCUCGCGGGGCACCAGGAGAUGGCAUUCCAGGGGAGAAGGGUGACAGAGGCAACUCUGGAGAUCGGGGAAAGAAAGGAGACAGGGGAGAAUAUGGAGAACCUGGAUCCACUGGACGGAUGGGGAGACCUGGAGAAAUCGGAGCACCAGGACUGACAAGAGAAGCGGUCAUCAGGAUUAUAAGAGAAAUCUGUGGGUGUGGUCUCAAGUGCAGACAGAGCCCCCUGGAGCUGGUGUUUGUGGUAGACAGCUCAGAGAGUGUGGGACCAGAAAACUUUGAGUUGGUGAAGGACUUUGUGAACGCUCUUAUCGACCGGGUGACGGUGAGCCGAGAAGCCAGUCGGAUCGGCGUGGUGCUCUACAGCCAUGUGGACAAGGUGGUCGUCAGUCUGCAGCAGCAGGCCAGCCAGGACGACGUCAAGGCCGCCGUCAGGAAGAUGCCUUACCUCGGCGAGGGCACCUUCACGGGUAGCGCCAUUCAUCGAGCCAACCAGCUGUUCCAGGCCUCGCGGCCCGGUGUGAGGAAAGUGACUGUGGUUUUAACAGAUGGGCAGGCCGACCCACGUGACGUCAUGCAGUUUGAAGAAACAGCAACAGAGGCCCACGAGGAGGGGAUCGAGAUGUUUGUGAUAGGAGUCGCGAACAAGACUGACCCGCUAUAUGGAGAGUUCAAGGCUCAGAUGGAUGUUAUUGCUUCUGAUCCUGAUGAAGAGCACGUCUACCUCAUAGAUGACUUCAGGACACUUCCCACUCUGGAAGACAAGAUACUGAGCCAGAUUUGUGAGCAGGAUGACAUGAUGGCUUUUCUACCAAUGGAAAUCCACCGAAAGGCUCCAGAAGAAAGACGCUCCAAAGAGUUCCCAGAUGAGAAAAACAUACAACUCGAACUCCCAGCGGAGACAGUAACAGCCCCGAGUCCACAGUCCGGUCCCGACGAGAGCCUGCUUGAUACUAAACUGUGGAAGGAGCUGCCGGACAUCAGGGGGCGUCAGGGCUCCAGGCUGAGCUCCGUGGUGGGUCCUCAGACUCCCACUGACUGGCUGCAUGAGGCUGAGAGCACACAGGCUCCAGUCAGCCCUCCUCCUUCCCCCCCAACCGACUCAUCACUGCCAGGUGGGGAGUGCGCUCAGCCUCUGGACCCCGGUCCCUGUCGACAGUACGUAGUCCGGUGGUACUACGACCCCGAGGCCAAUGCCUGCGCCCAGUUCUGGUACGGACGUUGUCAGGGCAACGCAAACAACUUUGAGUCUGAAUCCAGCUGCAGGACGUCCUGCGUCUACACGUAA